CUCUCGCAAAGCUCUUUUUGCUAUUGCCCUGCGACUUCGCUUAUAUCGUCUUCUUCUCUUCAAGCAUCAAUGAGGAGCAGAAAUCAAAUCGAACGCCUCCUUAUAGCCGCACAGUCCUCCAUCGACUCCCAGAACUUCGAUGACUGCCGCAAAAAAGCCCUUCUAGCCCAACAAUCUGACCCGCUUCACCCGGGUCCUGCCCAACUCAUCGCCAUAGCUGAUGUCAUUUCCGCCUUUUCCUCCACCAUCAGCAGCGCUUCCUCUGGCUCAAGUAAGAAAUCUGACUAUUACUCCAUCCUCGGCGUUCCUCGCUUCACAGGAGAUCUCGACGUAAUCAAGACCCGUUUUGAAAAACUCGCUGCCCUACUGAACCCUAGAAAAAAUCCAUACUCUCUCUCCGGUUAUGCACACGGACUCGUUAGCAAGGCUUGGCGUGUGCUUUCAAACCCUGCACAGAAAGCCCAAUUCGAUGAAGAGCUGAGUUUGAAGCUGAAAUCUACGGAGAGAUCGGAAAAGCAGACUUUCUGGACCGUAUGUACACACUGCUUCUAUCUGUACGAGUAUCCCGCGGAGUACGAAAACUGCUCCUUGAGGUGUCAGAACGAGGAAUGCAGAAGUGUCUUUACUGCAGCUGUCAGCGCUCCCCCGCCACAGGAAGUGAUUGAAAAGGGCGACUAUGAUUGCCUGGAGGGUAUGUCCGCUGGAAUGAGGAAACAGAAAAUGGUAGCGAAUUGCUCAAAGAAGUUGAUGGGGAAGGGGGUAAGAGUUCUUCAGGUGAAUGGUUCUGUUCCUCGGUAGAGGUACUGAUAUGAUUGAAGUCUUUUCACGGGAUGGAAUUGAUAGUUUUGGAGAUUUUUGUGCAAUGGAAUCUCCUUUCUCUUUUCUGUGUUUCUAGGCUCUAUAAUGCAAAUAUGCAGAAUGAGGCAUUUCCAUGUGAAAAUUAACAGGCAUUGGAAUCCCUUGCAGCCUCUCUGUGCUGUAACCAUUUCUUAAAUUUAAUUCAGUGCUCCUACUAUAUGUUUAAUGCAUGCACUUGAAAAUAGUCAAGUAUAUCUGAAAAAUAUUUUCAGUAGCUACAUUGAUCAUAUGUUUAAUUUGGUGGGGUUUGUCCUCAGACAGUGUAUUCUAAAUUUAUAUCAAAGACUGAUUCCCC